CAAAAAAAUCCGCUUUCCUCCUUUUAAACUCAAAUCGCCGGUUUGCGUUGCCUCCAAUCCGCACGUAGCCUCAGAAAACCUAGGGAGAGGAUACCCAAGAUAUAUUACCUUCUAGCCCACGCUCUAACGGUCUCGGUCUACGUUGCGACGACAGUGUAUGACGACACCGACAUCUUGGCUACAUACAAUUCGAGACCGGCUUCGAUUUGGUCGGCCUAGCGUUGUCGCCCGGACCCUGGGAAGCCCGCAAGCAUCAAUCCGAUCUGCGGAUCGUGCUGCCGCCGCCUUAAGCUCGACAGGUGCUGGGCUGGCUCAGAACAAGCCUCUGGGUCAGCGGAUGCGCAUGCCUCGCGCGUCAGGUUCGGCAAAGCGACAUCAGGGAGCAAGCAACCAGCGUGACACACGCCAUGAGAAUGGUCUGGUAGGCCCCGGCAAGCGCGUCACCAAGCAGAAGAGCCAGGGCCAGCUCGAUGGCGGCUUGAAGCCUGACGUUGACAGUGCCUGUGCGCCGCCCGUACCUCCUUUGCCCGCUGCCGCGAAUGAUUCUCCGGCCCGUUCCGACGACAUGGCCCCGGACCGCAAGGCAGCCGAGUUGGUGCGGAGGGGUUCGUUAGGCACCACCUAUUCCGAGUCGUCUUCGGCCGAGUCCCUCCCCGCGGUUCCCGCACAUGCCGUUCCCGAAGAAGCCCAUCGUCGAAUCGAUGUUAAUGACGCCAAGAACAGCAAUGUGCACCGUGACACGGGCCCCUUGGAUUAUGCGAUCACCGUUCUCCGAUCCUGCCCGCUCCACGACACUCUUGCCAUCCUGAUCAUCCUCAUGCAGCUGUCGCCCGCCGCCUUGGCCACCAUAUACAUGCUGUUCACCUUCCUGACCUUCGUUCCUCCCGUCACCACCAGCUCCGGCCUUAGUAUCGCCGAGAUUUUCGAUGGCAACCAAGGGACGCCCUCCCUGACGACGCUUGUUUGUAUGGAUGUGAUCAUGCUGGGAAUUUGGCUAUUUCUCUGGGCUCCAAUGCAACAAUUCAUACUGGAUCUUGCGCAGGUUGUGGUGUCGCUGACCUUGGGCGGCGGGGGCACGUCGAGGCAUGGGACGACAAACAACAUCCUGCUCUGCGUUGUCAUCGUUGGCGCGUCGCAUUGGAAUCAGUAUGCAAGGUUGAAUGGUCUCUCCCGGCUGACUACGCUCUUUGGCACGAACCGCUUUCUAUCCUCUAAUUCUUCGACGACGGUACGGGCUUUCGACAAAAAGGGCCCUUACGGGUGGGUCAGGAGCAUUCUGGCAAUUCAUAUCCUUACACAGGGCCUUGUCCGAUACAUCCGAGAAUGGUACCUCCGUAGGGAACGGCGAGACUUGCAAUCCCAGGGCUUGCUUGAUCCUGAAGCAGGCAAGUCGGUCUCAUUCUCGGCUGAAGGCUCUUCUGAUGUUGCCAUCAUGGCGGCAGACAGUGAUGCGCACCUGCAGACUAGCGCGGCCAGUUUCUCCAGCAAGAAGAGGCGAAAGCAGAGUGCCCAAGUCAGGAUACGACAGCCCCUCUGGGCGGCACUUGCCAGCACCAAGAUCGUCAUGGUCAAGGAGUAUGAGCUAUCGCACGCGGCAAGCGAGUCGGCAGGCUCUAACGCCACGGAUAUUCAUAAUCUUGGCAACGCGCCUUUCAAUACCCAACCCGAGCAAAUUUGGAUAUGUUAUGUCGGCUGUGAUGAGGUUUGCUUCAGCACGAGUCACUUUCCGGAUCCGCCGGCUCAGGAAGCCAUCCUGGAGGAUAGCGAACCAGGAAUAGACGCCACCAAACCAUUCUAUGUUAGAGUCAACAAUGUAAUUUGGCAACCAACCCGCAUCAUUCCAGUCGAGAACGGCGAGGAAGACAAUACUCAGGGCACAAGAUGGACCGGAGACAUUUAUGGAUUGACCCCGUUAUCCAACUACGAGUGCGAGUUCGUGAGCACAACCACCGGCGAGGUCCUCUUCUCGACAUGCGUAAGAACCGUCCAAGCCAAAAGCAAAGACCCGGAGACCAGCUCGAAAACCACAGGCAGCCAACGAUCACACGCCCGCCACGACUCACCAGCGACAACGCUCCGAGCAUCAAUUGCGGCCGCUGAGGCCAAAUUGGCCGAUGAGAAAGCUCGCCUCAAGGCUGUACGCAAGGAUAACAACCGCAAGCUGAACACGGCACGAAAAGAGAUCGAGAAACUCUCUUCUGCAGUUCAGUCGGCGGGUGGCGACGAUGAGAAAUUGAGACAAAAGGUCGCCCAGAACAACAUCCAGGAGAAGCGAGCCGAGGAAUCCAUCCGCGACCUUGACGCGCAGCUGAAGGAGUUGGAGGUAGUGCCUGAGGAUUUGCUCAACGAGUAUCGAGCCAAGCAUGAGGCCUGGGUUGCAGAAAAGGCCAUGUUCGACAAGGCCCGCGCAUCCUUCAAGAGCUUCAAGUCUUCUAUAGAUAAGGAACUUAAGUCUCUCGAUGAGGACAAGGCCAGCCUGCAGGCAAAGCGGAACAAGAUAGCGACGCGCAUUGCCAAGGUUGACGACGAGCAUGCCCGGAUCACGGAUGCCAACGCACGGGGUUUGAACGAGGCCGAGCGUCGCCGUCAGGACCGCGCCAAUUUGGAAGCUGAGGUGAACCGUUUGGAGCAGCUGUUUCGAGAAAGGAUACAGUCUCUGCGAGCCAGCAACUUCGGGAAACAGACUCAGAUUCAGGAACUGGCGAACCAGCAGGCAUACCUGUCCAACUUAUCGGAUGAGAUGGCGUACGAUGCAACCUCGCAGCCCGGACACUACGUGCCGCCUGUCGCGUGGGCGCCGCCGGCUGGCCAGUACAAUGCGCAAUCUGUAUGGCCGCCUGUAUCACUGCCUACACAAGCUGGUCCUUUGUCCGUCCCCCCACAGAUGCCUGCCUACCCCAAUCCGAUCCAGACGGCUAUGAGCACGCCACCACCCCAGAGGACACGAGGCCGCUCCUCGUCGAUGCUCAGCAACAUCUCAGGCUUUACGCAGUCGACCGAUGAAGAUGAGCACGACGGAGGUAACGUCAACAACGCUGGUAGCACCAUGGAUUCUUCACGUCAUCGGGGUGGUCAUCAGCCUGCUAUCGGGACACCGGGGUCGACGCCGCUGCGAGCGCCACCAGGAUUGGGCUUCAAGGGUUUGGGCUCCGGAUCCGGGUCCGGAUCGGCGUUGGGCUCGGGUUCGGGCUCUGGCUCAGCAUCGGGUUCCGGGUCAGGCUCAGGCUCGAGGCGCAGUAGUGUGCGGUCUGGCAGCGGGAGCGGCGGAAGUCUCGGGGAGGCUACUAGCCCUGUCUGAUUCUAGGGCAGGGCGGCGUCGGCGUCGGAAUUCCGAUGCUAUGCAACCCGAGCACGCAGUCGACAAGCUCCCCUUGCAUCUUGCUCGUGGCUUUGGCGAUGGGCGGGCCUGGACUGCAUCAUCAUGGGACUGAAGAAGCGUGCUCUUUGCCUCAGCUCAGCUCAGCUCUGAUCCGUAGAUGGGUCAAUGUAGGGUUGGUCAAUGCGAAAAAGUUAGUGGCUU